ACAAUUCCUCUCACAACACAAUUCACUUUCUUUCUCCGAAAACCUUCACUUGCAGCAACACCAUGAAGUUGUAGUGGUGCACCUUUUUUCCUCAUUCCCCGACUAGAUCCACCGUUUGACACCGCUGUUAACCCCACCGGUCGCCCAGCGGUUACUUUCCGGGUUGUUUGACUGCAAGAUCUCACGAAGAUGGCAGAAAACAGUGGCUUGGCUGGCGGCCUUCUGGGUUACGAGACCCUGGUUCACGCCGUGGCAGGUGCGAUGGGGAGUGCGACAGCCAUGUCCGUCUUCUUUCCUUUAGACACGGCCAAAAGCAGAUUGCAGGUGGAUGAGGGACGAAAAUCACACUCAACCCCAGUCAUUCUCUUAGAGAUAGCAAAAGAAGAAGGCGUUCUGUCUCUGUACAGAGGUUGGUUCCCAGUCAUCUCCAGCCUGUUCUGCUCCAAUUUUGUUUACUUCUACACCUUUAAUGCACUGAAAAAGGUGGCAGCAUCUGGAGCCGGCAAGCCCAGACCUGGCAAAGACCUGCUGAUGGGGAUUGUAGCAGGGGCUGUGAAUGUGAUCCUGACCACUCCCAUGUGGGUGGUCAACACUCGCCUGAAGCUCCAGGGGGUGAAGUUCAGAAAUGAAGACCUCCAUCAGACGCGGUAUCGAGGCAUAUUUGAUGCCUUCUCACAGAUCAUUGCCAACGAGGGGGUGGGAACUCUGUGGAGCAGCACUCUGCCGUCUCUCAUCCUCGUCCUCAACCCGGCUGUGCAGUUCAUGUUUUACGAAGCCAUGAAGAGGAAGGCGGGCAAGGGAGGGAGGAAGAUAUCCUCAGCGGAGAUCUUUCUCAUUGGAGCAGUGGCCAAGGCCAUCGCUACCACGGCAACAUACCCUCUACAGACAGUUCAAGCCAUCCUCAGGUUCGGCCAGUACAAGGGUGACGGCAGGGGUAGCGUAUUGGGGAGCCUCUCAAGCAUUUUCUCUCUCUUCAUGGACAGGAUCAAGAAGCACGGCAUUCUUGGUUUGUACAAGGGUCUGGAAGCCAAGCUGCUGCAGACUGUGCUGACUGCCGCCCUCAUGUUUGUCAUUUAUGAGAAGAUCACUGCUGCUACCUUCAAAGUCAUGGGUCUGAACAAGAAACUGAAGCACUGAGAGCAGCUACUUGACUGCAGCGCAGCAUUAGUGCACCGGUACGUCAGUAGGUUUAAUCAGUGCCUUCUGAUCACGUGUGUACAAUUAUUACUGCUAGGAGCUAUUUCAAUCUUAUGCAGAUUUUAUUCGGAGGUGGUGCCUUUACCGUCGCAGAUUUUUAGGCUCACUCUCACUGAUGACCAGAGUUCAAGGUCUUAGUCUUUGCAGACAGGAUCUUGUUUUUCCCCUUUCGGUCUGCUGCAUUCAUAAACUCAUCUGAGCAGUUGAUAGACUACAGAGCUAACGUGGCAUCAAAGAAGACUCAUAUUUAAUUUACUUGAAAGAUUUAAUUUGCACUCGCUUAGAAAAAAUCCAAAGGCUUUCCGUGCACGAAUGACAACUUUGUCGGUCGUACGACACCAGGGGCAGGUAGUUAAGAAUUGCCUUAAGCUGUGCAUUUGGGUCGCUCCUUUUGUACACUUCUAUUAAGUGUUGAUUUAAACACAUUUGAGCUCCUGCAAGACGGAAAUGAAAUGACAGUGAGAUAAAGACUAAUUUGCAAUCUGUGCUUGUCAUUGCCACACACAGACAUAUCGGUACUAAAUCUUGACAUGUUUUUCUAACUCUGAUCCUGAUUUACAAGUUUAAAUGUUCUAAAUAUACAGUUGGCGUUUAUAACCCUGUUUACGAUGAGUGGUUCGGUCCGGGCCGGUGUGGAUUUCAAGUGUUAGAAU